AUGUUUGGCAGCAGCAACAGCAGCAGCAGCAGCAGCAGCAGCGACAAUGGAGCAACGCUGCAGGAUGCGCAGCAGCUGCUGAGCUUCAUGGUCCUCAGCGUUCUCAACGAGCAAGUUCAAAAGACUUGUUUCGAGAAGUGUAUAUCUGGGGCAAAGUUCGGCGACGAGUUGAGUAAAGGGGAUCAAGUCUGCCUCGCCAAGUGUAUGGACAGAAUGUAUGAAUCGCAUGCAAUCGUAGCGCGGGCAGCAAAUGAAAUGGCUCAGAACCUCCAGCAAAGCAGCAGCAACAACCUGUAA